AUGCCGCCGCCCAUCAAGCGCAAGCGGUCCGAACGCGGCCCCUACAACCCGCAGGACGUUGGCGACGGCGCCGGACCGCGGCCGUCGCCCCACCGGCCGCAGAACCUCAACCUCGCGCAGCAGAACCAGUACGCCGGCAAUGGCGGAGGCCGGGGCGGCCGGGGCGGAGGAGCACGGCGCGAGAGUCGCGGAGGCAGCAGCGGAGGCAACAGCAGCGGUGCGCGCGGUGGCCGCGGUGAGCGAGAAGCCGGCAGCCCGGUGACCACUACUACUGGCGGUGACUCUAACGCGCAGUCUCCAGUCUCGAGGGCCAGCCCGGCCUCCUUUUCCAGGCCGGAGAACAACCCGCCGUCGCCGACCUUGACGCGCCCGCCGUCGGCGCAGGCGGCUCGGCCUGCCACUCCCCAGGACCAUUCGCGCCCUGCUCCUCCGGCACCACCGGCGCCGCAGCCCGUGCUGCUGCAGAAGGCUCCCGCGCUGAAGCCGCCGAUCAAGUUCGUGUACAAGUACAUAACGGAUGAGCAGAAGGCUGUGUGGAGAACGACUGGAAGGAAGGCCGUCUUGGACGCUGCUGUGGAGGCGCAAGAGAAGGGAGAUGUUCUGACGCAGAGCAUAAUCUUUCAAGAGAUCAUCAGAGCGGGGUUGGAUGACAGGAUAGACCCGGCCGAUGCGGGACGCGUCGUCAAGGAAGUAUUGGCGGAGGCCGGCGACGCUGUUGCAGAGAAUGCUUCAAUGUUCCUCGACACCAUGUCGGUUUCCACCAGCAUGGACCCCGUCACCCGCGGCCUUUGGGACCUUCUCGUCGCGACAGGCAUCUCGCCCAUGCAGAUGAAAGAAGAGCUGGACAUACCGCAGCUGCAAGAGUUGGGCAUGGUCCGGAAAACAUUCGAGAGGAUGGGCACCCGCAUGGCAACGAACCAGCUCUAUCGCCAGUCUAACUACAACUUACUCCGCGAGGAAUCUGAAGGAUACGCCAAGCUCAUGACCGAGUACUUUACCACCUCCAACAACGAGGAACCGACAUGGACCGCCGCCGCCGCCGCUUUUCAACGCGUGAAGGCCCUGAUUGGUGCCUUUGACCUGGACGUCGGACGCGCCCUAGACGUAACGCUGGACGUGUUUGCGAACCUCAUGAUAAGACAUUACCGCUUCUUCGUCAAGUUCAUGCGUGCGAGUUCGUGGUGGCCGGAGGAGAAAUCGUACGAAAACCUGGACUGGGAGACCCUAGGAGUCGACUCUUUACCGAGAUGGGCGCAUCCUGGAGCUUCCGGAUACCAGCACACAGAUAAGGACGUGGAGGAAAUAGCAGAGCUGUGCGAAGUCAGAGACAACAAGUUCUGGCAACGAGUACGGGAAGUGGGCUUGGAGGCUUUCUUCGAGCUUGGCGGACGUCGUAUCACGAAGGGCGAGGUGACCCUGGAAGCUGGCGAGUCCGUUGCAGAGAGACUCGAGAAGAUCGAGAAGGAGAGAGGGAUGAGGGACGGGUCCAAGCCUGAGGACAUGACGGAGGCCGUGUUCAACAAGGAGUGGAUGGCAGUGACGAAGACCCUCCCACCGCCCGGAAACCGCGUCGCUGCACAACUUCUUGGCUUCAAGCUCCGUUUCUACGCCUCCUCUGCGAGAGACCCUGAAGACAGAUUUCCUGAGAACUUGGUCUUCCUUGCGGCCCUGUUGAUCAAGAUCGGCUUUGUCUCCCUGCGAGACUUGUACCCCCAUCUUUAUCCCGCGGACAAAGACAUGGCUGCUGUAAAGGAGAAGUUGAUGAAGGAGAAGGAGGAGCGUGAGAGGAAGAACAAACCUGGUGGUGGUCAGAUGAACGCCCUUGCGAUGGCAGGAGCUUUGGCCGACGACACAAUUCCAGCACCCACAGCAGCCUCGAGGCUGCGCGAAGCUGAAAACAGCAGAGCUUCUUCCGCAAAACCGGAGGACAAGGCCGGUACACCAAAAUCCGACAAGCCUGAGGAGAUGACGAAGGAGGAGCUGUUGGGUGAGCCCACGGACCAGAAGAUCGCUCUGCUCAAGAGUUUGCUCUGCAUCGGCGCCAUUCCAGAAUCUCUCUACAUCCUCGGAAAGUUCCCUUGGUUGAUGGAUGUGCACCCUGACCUGCCGGAGUACAUUCAUCGGAUAUUGCACCACAGUCUCCACAAGGUCUAUAACGCUUUACGGCCCAUGCAAGGCCAUGACCAAGUUAGACUUGUGAAGAAGGCUGAAGUCGAGAAGGGUGGAGCUGAGAAGGGAGAGCUGAAGAGCACCGAUCCUCCACCUCGCAGGACGUUGCGCUGGGCUUCGGUCGAGAAGCAGGGUUCUCACAACGACUCGCAGAUUGUCGACUACCGGUUCUACUGGGAAGACUGGUCGAACAACGUCCCAAUAUGCCAGACUGUCGAUGAUGUCUUCCUUCUCUGCAGCUCUUUCCUCAACUUGUCUGGAGUCAAGAUCGGCCAAGACCCUGCCUUGCUGACGAAGCUAGCACGCAUCGGCAAGUGGAGCUUGUCAAAGGACGAUUCGGACGCGAAUUUCACCCGCUGGAUCGACCUCUCGAAGAGACUCUUGGUUCCGGCCCUUAGCUUGACGAAAGCCAACCCUGGCGUCGUUAACGAAGUCUUCGAUUUGCUGAAGCUCUUCUCCACAUCAACUCGGUACUCCAUCUAUGCGGAAUGGUACACUGGCCAGACCUCGAGGUUACCUGACAUCAAGUCGGCCUUCGACCAAUCGACUGCCGAGACGAAAGACGUCUUGAAGCGUAUCAGCAAGACCAACACAAAGCAGAUGGCAAGAGCACUCGCAAAGGUUGCUUAUGCAUCUCCUGGUAUCGUCUUCAAGGUCGCUCUGAACCAGAUCGAGUCCUACGACAACCUCGUUCAAGUCAUUGUGGAGUGCGGCCGAUACUUUACCUACCUCGGCUAUGACGUUUUGACAUGGUCCCUCAUGAGCUCCCUUGGUGGAAAGGGCCGUUCCCGUCAACAAGACGAUGGUAUGCUCACCAGUCGCUGGUUACAGUCCCUUUCUUUCUUCGCAGGCAGCGUCUUCAAACGAUACACCGUCAUGAAUGCCACGCCAAUCCUCCAGUACGUGACAUAUCAGCUGAAGAACGGCAACACCACCGACCUGGAUGUUUUGGAGCAGAUCAUGACGCAAAUGACCGGGAUUCCUGUCGAACCUACAUUUACGGACAACCAGUUGCAAGGCAUGGCUGGUGGCGACCUCCUUCAAGCUCAGAUCCUGGAGCAAAUACAGGAUUUCCGUAACCAGUCGAGCUUCAAGGGGCCUGCCAAGCGACUUUUGAGGGCUUUGGUCGAGCCAGGUCUGGCAGGGCAACUGCUCAUUGCCAUCGCACAAGAGCGCCAGCUGUUCCCUCAUUCUGAGCUGAUCGCUGACGCGCCUUUGAAGGUUGUCGGAGUGAAUAUGGAUAGGCUUACUAGGAUUUUCUUCCAGUACCUUGAGGCUCUCAGGUCUAACCUCACCGUCAAAGAUUUCGAUGCUGCAAUCCCUGACGUCGUAUCUCUCAUGUCGGAGUUCGGCAUCGAAGCGAGUAUUGCAUUUGCAGUUUCCAGGCGGAGCCUUUCGCAAGCGGUAUUGGAUGACUUGGCUGCUGCGGAAGAAGAGAAGAAGCAGAAGGAGGAACAUGAGAAGGCUAAAGAGGAUGCAAAGGAGGGGUCAAAGACCGAGGAGAAACCAGCAACGAACGGAGAUGUCGACAUGGCUGAUGCUCCUGGAGAUGGUCAGGAGGGGAGUGGUGAGAAGAACGAAGGGGUCAAAGAAGAGGCUGCGGUCAAAGAGGAAACAGAAGAGAAGGAAGAAGCUACUGUCAGUGCUCCGACACCAGUACCGUCCACGCCAGCACAGCCAACACCGGAAGAGACCUCGCCUCCUGCAAUCAAGGACCUUAUGGACAGGCUGAGGACAGCUUUACCGGAGGGCUUCGAGGAUAAGAUGAGCCUUUCUUUCUACGCGACAUUCUGGCAACUAUCCCUCCACGACAUGUCCGUCCCCACCCAGGCCUACGAAGACGAGAUCAAGACUCUGCAAAAGAAGAUCACUGCGGUCGUUUCAGACCGGUCAGACGUGUCUGUUGCAGGGAUCAAGAAGAGGGAUGCGAAGAAGAAAGAACUGAAUGAUCUGCAAGAUCGCCUAAGGGCCGAGAUGAAGGUCCAAGUGCAGACAUAUUCGAUGGUCCGCUCUCGCCUGCAGAAAGAAAAGGCCCAUUGGUUCGCUGGUCACAAGCUUGCCAUGAGCCCCGCCCUUCACGACUAUCUCAUCCAGGAGUGUUUCCUUCCGCGCCUGAUCCUCUCCCAGUUCGAUGCGCAAUACGUCUUCCGGAUGCUUAUAUACCUUCACGGCGCCGGCACACCGGGCUUCCGCACGAUGUUCUUGAUCGAUCGAAUCCUGAGGGAGAAGCAGUUAACGGCACUCAUCUUCAUCUGCACACCUCAAGAAGUCAGUAACCUGGGCCAUUUCCUGAAUCUGCUUCUUUUGGAGCUUGGCAAAUGGCAUGCCGACGCAGCGAUCUACGAGAGAACGGCUUACGGCGCGAAGAAGGAUCUUCCUGGCUUCGGUCGUAAGUUCAAUGAGGAUAGGCAACCGGAGGUCUUCCUCACCUACGAAGAUUUCCGGCGCUUGCUCUACAAGUGGCAUGUCAGCAUCAACAAUGCUCUGAAGGCGUGUCUUUCUGGCGGCGAGUAUAUGCAUAUUCGCAACGCCAUCAUCCUCCUCAAGGUCAUCUCUCACAACUUCCCUCGUAUCAACUUCAUGGGCAAGCAACAGCUUGAGUGUAUUGUGAAGCUAUCGAGGGAGGAUCCCAGAGGUGACUUGAAGCUGGCGGCAGCAUCGCUCAUUGGUGAUCUGAAGAAAAAGGAGGGCGAGUGGAUGCUCCCCCAGGCUUUCAAGCUGGUUGGUCUAACCUGGGACCCGUCACUGGAUCGUUACAUUGUGGUUAAUGAUGGACAGGCCGACCCCAACGCGCCACAGAAACCCAACAGUCGUGCUACUACCGAGGGUGCGAGCACGCCACAGCCCGGUCAAGUCAAGCUCAACGCAUCCGCUGUGGAAUUCAAGCCCACUCAGCAAUCCAAUGGCGUCGCACCAAACGGCAUGAGGGGUGAUAAGGACGCCGAAGAUGGUGAGAUCGGCGAUGUGAAGGACAGGACCGACCAAACAACGGUUUCAGUGGCGGGAGGAGAGAGAGACAGGGGUUCAGAGUCAAAGGCCAGCACACCUGGACCGACUCCGUCGCAGCAACCGAGCAGAGGACCUCACACGGACUCCAAACCUUCAACUCCCGUUCCUCCGCAUGGCCAAGGCCCGUCGUCACGUCCGGAUACUGGAAGGGGACCGCCGCCUGCUGGAUCCGGCGGACGUCUGCCCCAUGCCCUUCCGAACCGACCUGAUACGCAACCCACGAGGGGCCGUAUGGGCGACAGACAAGAUCGUCCACCAAGACACGAUGGACGUGGUCCGCCUAAUCAUGACUACGGCCGCCUUGAGCGCCCAGGAGAUAUGCCUCGAGAUUUCCCCGAUCGAACAAGGGAUGCGUCGUUGGGUCGUCGACCCCGUAGCAGGAGCCCAGCUUCCACUCAUAUGGACCGAGAUCGGCGUGAUCCUCAAUGGCAGGGACCCCGGGAAGCGUGGGAAGAUGACCGAGGGCGGCCGCUCCCCAGAGACGCUCGCCAAAGUGUGAGGGCGCCUCCGCAGUGGAAUGAACCUCCUCCGCGGGGCAGGCCUUUUGAAUCGUCCAGUGAUGGUCCGCGCGGCCGUGCUCCAUACGAUCAGCAGAGCCAGUCUGGAGAGGGGCGCAACUGGCAGUCUGGACCGAUGCCCCCGCCUGCUGCAGGACCGUACCAACACCCUGAGCGUGCGGGCCGGUUUGGGGAACGCGGGCCCCCCGGACCGCUUCCUGAUAGACCAUCUGGACCCGCAGACCGCACCGGCAUGAACCCAGAUCGUGCGGCUCUAAUCGAUGCUGACGUUGGACCCCGUCGCCCUGAGAGAUUCGGUUCCGAAAGGGACAGCCGUCGCGACAGAGGGUCAAGGCCUCAUUCCCCUCGACGUGGGGACGAGCGCGCGCCAGCAUUCCCUCCUCGCGACGACUACCGCGAUGAGCGUGCGCCUUCUAGCCAAGAUCGCCUGCCUCCCGCAUACCCGUCCAGCCGUGAUCGCCGAGACGACCCCAACUCGAUUCCGCCAACUGGGCCGCGUAGCGAUCGUCCAAGCAGGAGUGAUUACCCUGGACCAUCGGGACCUCGUGGUGGAAGGGAGCUCUUUGAACCCUCAGCCCCGCGACCGCCUCCGGCGGACCCGAAUCACGGCCGUCUCAAUCAGGACUUUAUGCCAUCGCGCUCUUCGGACCCCAGUUACGGUCGCCUCAAUGCACCAGAUGCGCCCUCUGGCCCUCGUGGUAGAGGUGCUGCCGGCCGCGGCAGAAACCAGCCCGGCUCAGUUCCUCAGUCUCCUAUCAGCGAACGUGGUCCCCCUCUUGGACCCAAUGCUGAUAGAGAUAGAAGGGAGCACUGGGAGUCGUUUGACCACGGCCCUCCAACGCCAUCGAACGACGGCCCUGACACAUCGGGGAUCCAUCCCGAUCGCCUGAGACAGAUACCCGCCGCACGGAGCGACAUGCCCGCCCCGCCUCCUUCAUUCCCUCCCCCAUCCGGCCCUCGUGGAUCUCACAGACAACAGCCUUCGGCCAGCGGUUCCGACUUCUCCAUGACAAACGCGCGCAACCCCCCCACGGGCCCGGCGUCGUCCUCGGAGCGCCGCCACGAAGACAAGCGCUUCGCCGGCAUCAACAACAUGCUCCAGCAAAGCGGCAGCUCGCCCGGCGGCGGCGGUUACCGCAACGACGCCGGCGGGCCCUCGUCCUCGGACCGCGGCGCGUCGAUCCGCGGCCGCGCCGGCGGCGGCGGCGGCGGCGGCGGACGUCCCGGCAGCACAAACUCGCCCGCGGCCUCCCAGCCCAGCACGCCGAUCCCGUCUCAUCAUCUGGACGCGCCGCCUCGCGGUGGCGACGGACGGCCCGACCUCUUGCCCAGAGGACCUGGAGGCGGCGGCGGCAAUGGUGGUGGUGGUGGUGGAGACGUCCUUCCGGCAGCAGCGGGCGACGAGCGCGACCACCGCGGCGGACGUCGCGGCGAACGCAGCGAGCGCCGCUCCGGCCGCCACAGGUCGACCAGCCCGCGCGAGUCGUCAUCGCGCCGCGGCGGCGGAGCGGAAGAUUCCAACAAGCGUGGCGGCGGGCCAUCGUCGUCGUCGAUGGCGGACGUCGGACCGCCGCUCCCGCCCCCGCCGUCGUCGUCUCAUCUACCUCCUCCGCGAGAGAGCAGCAGCAGGCGCAGCGGAAGGAGCGGCGGCGACGAGAGGGAGAGCGGCGGCCAUCAUCGCGACAGCAGGAGGAGCUUGCGCGGCAGCGAUGGCGGCGGCGGCGGCGGAUGGGGCAGCAGCGACCAUCACGACGUCGGUGGCGGCAUGCCCGGCAGUCAGGCGUACGGACCAUCGUCGAACGGAGAAAUGGGUGGCGGCGGCGGCGGCGGACGCGGCAGCAGCAGCAUGCGUAACGGACCGGGCGAUGGCAGUGGCAGGAGCAGGGAGCCGCGGGAGCUUCGCGAGCCUCGUGAGGGUAGGGAGAGCAGGGAGAGCCGAGGCGGCGGCGGCGGCGGCGGCGGCGGUGGUGGUACGGGGUCGGAGAGGGAGCCGAGGGAGUCGAGGGAUAGGAAGAGGAAUAGGGGCGGUGGAGACGUGGAUGGUGGUGGGGCGCACGCGGGUGCUGGUGCGGAAACCGGCGGCAGCGGUGGUGGUGGUGGUUCUGGAGGAGGCAGCAGCAGCAAGAGGUCGAGGAGGGGAGAGAGGACGUGA